GCCUCUGAUUUUUCAUUUAUCUAUUUAAGUUUCUGAUUUCUACUUUGAUGGUUCCUAAGGCAUGGGUCAGAUUUUCCUUGAUAAUUUCUAGUUGUUCUGAAUGCACAAACCUCUCCUUGCUGGAAAUUAUUUGGUGAGUCUUAAGCAAGUGAUUUCGGCUGGUAGUCUGCAAGGGAUCACUAAGCCUUUGAUUUCUCAUUCAUCUAUUUAAGUUUCUUGUUUCUACUUUGUUAGUUUCUGAGGCAUGGGUUAGGUUUCUAUGAGGCUUUCUAUAGAUGUUUUUCUUUAAUCCUAUUUCAUUCUUCUUCAAUCUUGUUUAAGACGUCAAUUGGGAUAGAAAUAUGGGUUACAUUGUAAUGGGCUUGAUUUUGUUAAAAAAUAAUGGGUUCCUUUAUUAUUCAUCCAAUUUCAAAUAGGUAAAUAUAACUGAGCUGGUUUACCAAAUCUUUAAUUUCUCCCUUUGAAUUGUUAAUGAAGGAUUUUUUUAUACUAUACUAAAUAAAUUAGAGAUGCAGAAAACUCUCCUUGUCCGGAAAGAUCUACCUAUAGAAACCUUCAACUGAGAAAUUUCAGCCCUAGAAGUGGACCCAUUGUCAAGAAUGCAUUUUCAAAAUCAAAGUUUAUAAAUAUAGGUGUAUUUGUGAGAUGAAAGUUUAUAAAUGAAAGCUCAAAGUUCAUUAGAUUCAAAAUCAAAGUAAAAUCACAUAAGUCAGUAUUUUUAGAUUAAAAUUUUACCAAAGUUCAAUUAUAUUUUUAGAUUGGUACUUCCUGAAAAAUAACAAAUAACUCUUAAAUUAGUUCUUUUAGAGAAUAACAUUUGCAUUCUGCUGCAGAUUGCAGAUUCUGCAUUCUUCCAUUGUCUUCUUAAUUGGUGCUUGUUAAUUAGGGUGUUGUUAAUUUUGAGUAUCAUAUAAGGUUCAGGUUUAUGCUAUAAUUCUUCUAACUUUUUAAGGUCAUUCAGCCAUAUUUAUUUGAUAUUGAAAUUGAAUUUUUAUUUGUUGGGAUUUCAAUGAAGCUAAAUUAGAAAAAAAAAAAGAAAAAAAAAUCAAGAAUGCAUUUUCAAUAUUCUGAAUUACAUGUGUGCUUCUCUGGGACUGAACCAUAGAGUCUGUUCGGCUUCUUCGGCCGUCGGAGAUACUAGAAAUAACUGGUAAUAUUAGCAUAUAGAUUUGUGAUUGUGCAGAGAAAGAUAAAAGCAACAUACACAUAAAUUAUGGAUUUUGAAAGCAAGAAGAGAAAGCUUGCAAGUCCUAACCCAUGGCAGAGGGAUCCAAAGGAAGCAUCAAUUACCUUUGAUGAUAUGAAUUACUUAAUGAACCAUGCUUUGAAGCGUCCCAAGUUUGCUGCACUUUUGGUUAAACAUAACAUAUGUUUGGAUAUGUAUUCCAAGAGAGCUGUUUUGAAAGCUUCUCCAUCUAUUGUUGGUCUAAUAUCUUAUUCAGGGAAGGAGGAGAUAUUUCAAGGUUCUGGAACUAUUAUAGAAAGUGAUGGUAACAGUGGUGUUAUAUUAACUUCUGCUACUCUCAUUAGGUGUCGUAUGGGCAGAAAUUCAGUAGCAGAUGAUGUAAAGGUUGUUGCACACCUAUCAAAUGGUCAUUCAUUUGAUUGUCAAAUCUUAGCAUUUGAUUUCCACUAUAAUAUUGCUGCCUUAAAGAUCCAGUCAGAAUCAGAUGCUCCACUCCCAACUGCAUGCUUGGCACAUUUGGAUGAUUCUAUCUCAGUUGAUCCCAAUCAGCUUUACAUUCGUGAAGAAAAACCUUUUCAGCUUCGCCCACAUUCAAAAUCAUUUAAUCUCAUCCCUGGGGAUACAUUAAUUGCGCUUGGACGUUAUUUUAUAAAGCCAUAUGAUGUCAUGGCUACCACUGGUGAAUUCAGUCUCGAUUGCUGUGAAUAUGAUUGUAAAGAGCUGUUGAGGGUGAACUGCCAAAUCACAAGAUGUGGCAUUGGGGGCCCAUUUAUCAACUAUUAUGGGGAAGUUAUGGGAAUCUGUUUUCAUGAUAUGGGUUUUACUCCUUUUUUGCCAAUUAAUGUAGCUUCCAAAUGGUGGGAGCACUACAAGAGAUGUGGGGAACCCCGCCGACCUUGGCUUGGAAUGGAAGUUACUAACCUUUAUGCAGCUGAUGUGGAUAUUUUAGAGAAGAUUGUUCAAAAGUUCCCUAACGUAUUUAAGGGGGUCAUUGUUGAAGAGGUUAUGGCGGGCUCAUCUGCUGAUUCUGCUGGGAUAAGUCCCAAUGAUGUUAUAGUUCAAUUUGGAGGAAAAACAAUAAAAAGUUUUCUGGAGUUAUUUGAAGCAAUGUGGGAUAAGGUUGGGGAUCCAGUGGAGGUGAUUGUGAUACGAGCAAGUAAUAGUGUUCCUUUGCGUCUUAGUAUGGUGGUGGAUGAGGCUACAUCAGAUAAUUUGUAUAGCUGGCCACUUUGGGAACAUGCGAGAUGAUAUUGGGAUCCGUGGAAGUCGCAGAUGAUGAUGGUGAUGGCAGAUAGAUAAUCAGCUUUGGUUGAGGAAUGUUAUUUGCUUAGAGAUUUUGAUAUGAGUUUAUUAAGGAGAAACGGUUUUAAUAUAUUGCCACAACACUCUGAGAUUUAAUAAAAAAUUUGAUCAAAGGAUAAAUACAUC